AUGCUACUUCGUCGUCGGUACCGCGAAGGCAACACCACAGGGCAAGGAACAAGUCUACUUCAGACUUACGCCUGCAACAGGCGGUUAACCUCUACGGCUAGAGCUUUGGAUUUACAGAUAUUUAUCUACCAAAGACUGGACCUUGAAAGGAGUGUACCAGAUGGCACAUUGGCUACCACGGUGGAAGCAAUUCUUGGUGCAGUUUGGCUUGAUUCCGAAGAAAGCGUACAGCAAGUGAACGAGAUCAUGGAGAAAAUCAGCCUGUGUCCUACCUGA